GAUAAUAGGCCGACUAAAUUUCAAGCGUCACCUAGGACUCGCUCUCUUCUCCUCUCGCCUCCCAUGGUUUUAACCUCCAUUUUCGCGAAAUCCUCCAAAAAGUCAAAGCAGCAGAACGGCUCGCCUACGCCCGACCUGAAGCAUUCCGCUUCCACUACUACUACCACGCCAGGCUCCCCUUCCCUGCCAUCGUCGCCCGAGAAGAAGUCUCAAAAGUCCCACCAGAAAGUAAAAGAUCGGGAACGCAUCCGCCGCUCCGGCUCGUAUUCUUCCAAGCGCUCGUCCAAGUACGACCGCGACUCACAUCCGCUCAAUCUUCCGCCCGACGAGCUGCGCCGCCUGUCUUCUUCUGCCAUGUCUGCUAUGGCCGACCACCAGCCCAUGGACAUAGACAGGGACUCCAACGCCUCGCCGACGCCUGCACCUUCCAGCCCGGCCGCUGCCCAGACCCCGAACCCUCUACAAAAGCCCAACGGCACAAAUGGAGAUGACUCGAAGCCUGCACCCCCUCCUCACAGAUACACCACCAGCCCACCGCCUCAGUCAGCAAACUAUGCCGCAACACCAGAAGCCGCAUCUUCGCCCGUACAGCCUCCCACCAUAGACGCCGAGGAGUACAAGGCUGCAGGAAACAAGUUCUUCAAGAUAAAGGACUAUCCUGCAGCCAUCAAAGAAUACUCCAAAGCAAUCGAGGCUGAUCCGAAAAACCCCACCUAUUACUCCAACCGCGCUGCUGCCUACAUAUCCGCCAACCGUUUCGUGGAGGCAUUGGAAGACUGCAAGGUGGCCGAUGAGCUGGACCCUGGGAACAUGAAAAUUGGUCUCCGACUAGGCAGGGUGUACACUAGCCUGGGUCGGCCAGAUGAGGCCCUGGCCGCCUACCAAGCUAUCAAUGCUACUGCCAAGGACAUGCAGCCCGCCGUUACUAUGCAACGUCAUUUGCAAACCGCCGAAGAUACACUGCGGAAUGGCCAGGCGGGCUCGAUGAUCAUCUAUGCGCUCAAUGAAGCGGAGCGGGGUCUUGGAGCUCGUGUGGACAGGCCACGCAAGUGGACUCUAAUGCGCGGUGAAGCACACCUCCGAAUGGGUAAUGUCAAUGCCCUUGGUGAGGCGCAAAACAUUGCUAUGAGUUUGCUGCGAAACAACAAUCAAGACCCUGAGGCGUUGGUACUGCGCGGCCGUGCGUUGUAUAUGCAAGGCGAUAACGAAAAAGCCAUCCAGCACUUUAGGCAAGCGUUAAGCUGUGACCCUGACUUCAAAGACGCGGUCAAAUACCUUCGAAUGGUUCAGAAGCUGGAGCGUACAAAAGAAGAAGGAAAUGCGUCUUUCAAGUCCGGACGCAUCCAGGAGGCCAUCGAUACAUAUACGAAAGCUCUGGAUAUUGACACAUCGAACAAAAACACUAAUUCCAAAAUCCUACAGAACCGAGCACUCUGCUACACCCGACUCAAGAAGUGGACACCUGCUAUCGCCGAUUGCGACAAGGCUCUUGAGCUAGACCCCAGCUACACCAAAGCACGAAAGACGAGAGCCAAGGCACUGGGCGAAUCUGGCAAUUGGGAAGAGGCAGCUCGUGAGCUGAAGUCAAUCCAGGAAGCCAAUCCUUCAGAGCCCGGCAUCGCCAGAGACAUCAGGAACGCUGAGCUCGAGUUGAAGAAGAGCAAGCGCAAAGAUUACUACAAGAUUCUUGGAAUCCAGAAAGAUGCUACUGAUACCGAAAUCAAGAAGGCGUAUCGUAAACUAGCCAUUGUUCACCACCCCGACAAGAAUCCGGAUGAUCCCGACGCGGCGGAAAGGUUCAAGGAGAUCCAGGAAGCUCAUGAAACUUUGAGUGACUCCCAGAAGCGUGCGCGAUAUGAUUCUGGAGAAGAUCUCAUGGAACCUGAAAUGGGAGGGUUCCCCGGGGGAGGAGGUGGCAUGGGAGGCAUCGAUCCUGAAAUCCUAAUGCAAAUGUUUGGAGGUGGUAUGGGAGGCGGAAUGGGCGGUGGCCGCGGUGGUGGGGGAGGUUUCCACUUCUCUUCUGGCGGUGGCGGAAGCCCCUUCGGCGGUAUGCCUGGUGGUGGGGGACAGAGAGGUCAACAGUUCCCUGGAGGAUUCCCCUUCUGAGAUGCAUCAGCAUCAUAAUUUCGAAAGGUCUGCGUCUUACGCCCGAACGUACACUGCUCAUUGCCGGGCCUGGACCUCCUCGCUCCAACGUGGCAUUUUGCAGCACGACGAACCUGUGUUGUUGAAGCAUUUGCGGGUUUUGGAGUUGGGUAUUACGGUGAUAGCGCGAGCUCCCCCUGAAACGAUGCUUGGGCAGACAUCAACUGUCAGCUCAGGCUUUGUUUUCGGGUCAUAACUGGUUCCUUGCGCUUCCAAAGUGCACUCAUAACAUUGACCCGUGUUGAUUUUGCUAGUUAGUAUCAGCAUUGCCGGCGUCAUCCC